AGGAAGACGGGGUCCUGGCGUCGCACAGCCUCUGGCCACCUCAGUCUUCGGGCUGAAACGACCGGUUGUUCUCAGCCUUUCCCUCUGACCUGCUACCCCGGGCAUUGUUUUCUGUUCUCCAGCGUUGUAGGUGGCAAGCAAAGAACGCCUGGGUUCUGGCUGCUCGCCAGGACCGUGACCUUCGGCCCUUCGGGCCACUGAGCGGCCGCGCCUCCUGGACGGGAGGAGAGGACGCCUGGUUCCUCUGGCUGCUCGCCUCCUCCUCCGCCAUGGGCUCGCGCAGCUCCCACGUCGCGCUUAUUCCCGACGUGGACCAAAUUCGCAGAGAGACUGGCUUCUCACAAGCCAGCCUGCUCCGCCUCUACCACCGGUUCCAAACCCUGGACAGGGAGGAAAAGGGCUUCUUAAGCCGCCUAGACCUCCAGCAGAUCGGGGCGCUGGCUGUGAACCCCCUGGGAGACCGCAUUAUAGACAGCUUCUUCCCCAACGGGAGCCAGAGAGUGGAUUUCGCAGGCUUUGCCAGGGUCCUGGCUUAUUUUCGACCGGUAGAUGAAGAAGAUCCAACAUUCCGAGACCCUAAGCAACCUGAACCCCUGAACAGCAGAAUGAACAAACUGCGAUUUGCGUUUCAGCUCUACGAUCUGGAUCGGGAUGGGAAGAUCUCCAGGAAUGAAAUGCUACAGGUUCUCCGACUGAUGGUUGGGGUCCAGGUGACAGAUGAGCAGUUGGAGAGCAUCACAGACCGCACAGUGCAGGAAGCCGAUGAGGAUGGUGAUGGGGCCGUGUCCUUCCUGGAGUUCACCAAGUCCUUAGAGAAGAUGAACAUCGAGCAAAAAAUGAGCAUCCGGAUCCUGAAAUGAAUGCCCCACCCCCACCCCGAUGCCCUUGGCUCAU